CCGACGAAACAGUUUGUCACAGCCCCUAGUUUGUUGUCCUCUUCUCCCUCCCUCUCUGCCCACGCUUUAGCGGGCAGUUCUGUCUGACGAUAUGCAUAUGUUGAGUUUCCGUCUGGUGUGGGGGGUGGAGGAGGAGCUGAAUGGGAUCGAGGAGGGUUGGAAGCAGCCCAAGUUCGACUCUCUCCCUCAUGUCGUAGAAGUCUUGACGUCGAGGGAUCCAACUCAUGCCGUGGCGGCGUUAAAGGAACAAAGAGAUGCCAUUGAAGAUCAGAUUGAUGAAGUUGUCAGAGGGUAUCACAAUGGGUUCCACAAAGCAAUCCAUAACAAUUCGCAGAUUCUUCGAUUAUUCUCUGAGAGUUCUGCAAAGAUGAGCGGCUUGAAGACGAACUUGGCCGAGGCAAAACGGAUGCUGUCGUCACGGCAUUCCCAGCUUCAGCAGCAAUGGUACCGAUCCAUCAUGUUGCGGCAGAUGAUCCAGCUCCUUGACCAGAUCGACAAUGUUGCAAAGGUGCCUGCGAGGAUAGAGAAGCUUGUAAAAGAAAAGCGCUACUACGCGGCCAUGCAGCUUUACUUGAGCUCGUGUACGAUGCUUGAGAGAGAGGGAAUACAAGGGGUUGGGGCAUUGAAAGAUGUACGGGCCGAGCUUGCUCGAUGGCGCAACAACUUGUUCCUGAAGGUGGUGGAGGAUCUGAAUCUGCAUCUAUAUAACAAGGGUGAAUACAGUAGGGAAGAUUCGCCUCAAGAUGAUUGGGAUGCGAUGUCCGUUGUGAGCGUGGCACGCAGCAAGAAUGGGACACGUGCACAUCGCACAGAAGCUUUGGGCUGGUUGGGAGACGAGGGAAGGUCGCAAUACCUGUCUGGGGGCUCUGACAAAUUCAGGUCUGCAGGUGGUUAUGAUAUGUCGGGGGGGUAUCCAGAUGCCAGCCGGGCAGCCGGUGCCAACGGAAGUGGAGGGGAUAUCGGGCAGCAUGCGGGUGACGGGCCUCUCCUCAGCACAGACCAGGACAAUGGCAGCAAAAUGGGAUCUGGUACACCAACAUUACCUCCUUGGCUCGAGGAGUCGACGCCAAAUGAAUUCACUGAAAUGCUGAGCAAAAGCAAGUACCCGAAUAGGAUUAAGUAUUUGCAGACCAUGGUGGAAUGCCUUUCCCUUUCUGGAAAGAUCUCAACCGGUGGAUCGAUGAUAAGUGAAAGUCUGAGGCAGGAAGUGAGAGAGGUGAUAGCAUCAGUGGUUGAUGCGAAGGCGGCAUCCUUGGAUGCAGCAAGGCCGCGGAUUGACCAAAUGGCAUCACAAAUGAGUACCCGAGCCGGUGGAGUGGGCGGUUUCGGCACGUUAGCAGGGCUUGCUCCACAGUCUAGGAGAGGUGUGAGGGGGCAUUACUCUGCGAUGCUGCCAACGAAACCUGGAAGCUCCUACGCUGUGCGACAGAUCAACUUCCUGGCAGUCUCGUCUGCAGUAUCGUCCUACCAUCCGAUGGAGGCGACAUUGGCGGCUGCUCAAGAUCUUUUGGAAAGCGUCUUCACGGCGUGUCUGCACGUCUUGGAGAAUCAUGUCAUAGUUGGAGAAAUGAUGGAUGCGAAGCUACACGCAGGUGGUGUGCAGAUCCAAGGGCCUGGGGUUGACAAGACAGCAUCGGACGAAGAUGGGAGUCCCCAUUUGGGAGGGUACAGCAUUCCGUUUGUGUGGUCGUGCUUGCAAAGUGAGCUGCAUCAGUUGCUGUGCGACAUGCUGAGAGUGUCGCCGGAUGCAACACAAUUGCCGGGUCUAGGGGGCCAAGGAGGCGGUGGAGAUCACUCGAGAGAAAAGGGUGGUCUUGGGGGGGUCCUCAACAGACGGAGGGAGAGGGAAAACAGUAUGACGAAGGACUUGGAAGAUCGUGCUCAGCAAGGGGGUGAGGACGGUGAGCUGUCUUUUGCGUUCCGCUUCAUGGAUAUGACCUUGGCUCUUUCGGGAAGUAAAGAUGGCGUCGGAAGUUUGGUGGGAGGCGGGGUAUCAGCAGCAAUGGCCAUGGGUAAGGGUGGGAGGCAUGGCGACCUCGCUUCGUCUGCAGCGGACGGAUAUGGUAUUGCGACGGCGUUGCCGGAACGGGGAAUCUACCUGACAUCUGCAAUCUACAGGCCUUUGCUCGAGUUCACCGGGAAAGCUGCAUCGGUGUUGCCUACUCGUUAUGUCACUGGGACAAAGGGGGAACAGUCGCAAGGCAGUGGGCUUGUGAAGGGGGGGCCGUCUACAGAGAUGCUGCGCACGUUUGUGGAAAUCUAUGUGCGAGAAACGUAUCUCCCGAGAGUGCGGUUGGAUUACCAGGCAAAGCUUGCAGACGCAUUGUCGAGCCCUGCUGCUCUUAGACCGAGGGCGAAGUCUUUGGGCACCUACGAAAAGGAUGUGGACAAGGGAAGGGGUGUUCUGCAGGCAGUCUUGAUCGCGGAGUCUUUGAUCUCUGAGGUGCUGCUGUGGGGAAGCACUAUGCCCAUGUUUGCAGCGGAAUUCGUUGAACUAGCAGUGGAGAUGCUGGACCGCGUUUUGGAAAAGUGUCGUACAGCGUAUAAUGAUGCGGUGAUGGGUAGCUUGAGCAGGGGUCUCGUCGUCAAGCCAGAGCUUGAGAACCUGAUGAUGAAGGAGGAUGCAUAUGCAGUGAUCGAUGCCGGAUCAGAUGGUGCACUUGACGAAGAGGGGGAAAAGGAGGUGAAAGCGGCAGAAAUAGACAUACUAAACCUUUUCCAGUCCAUGCGGCCUAUCAAGGGUGAACAGCUCAUCAGUGAUCCGCAGAGGGUGGUAUUGAUCGCUGCACUGAGCGAUACGCUAGAGUACCUUGCAGAUACGAUUGACAGCCUUGUUUUUGGAGGAGUGACAGCGACCAAUGGUGGUGGAGGAGGAGGUGGUCCCGGGGUGUCGGGAGCACCCCCAUUGAGAAGAAGGGGAGCAUUCUUUGGGGCUGCUGGGAUGGGCGCUACUGUUUCUCGUGACGGGCAUCUUACUCCUCAGCAAGCAGUGGUGCAACAAGCCUUGGUGCUGACCAUAGCCACCGGGCAGGGCCAGGUAAUGAGCGGGCAGAUGGAACCGAUGCCAAAGCAGCGCCCGAAGCAAAUGAAACGCUCGACGAGUAUGAGCGGGCCAGUGACAGCAGUUGCUGCGCUUUCUAUGUUAGCCUCCGACUGCCGCGCUGUUUCGGUUGAGUGCCUGCGGCUCUUGCGCAUCGAAAUGCAGCUGCAUUGUGUGUACCACAUCGGCACAAUGUGGGAGCACGGUUUCAUGCGCGACAGUUCUGUGGAGGAACCAGAGGACUACGCCGUUGCCCUGACUGGACUGAUGACCCACCUGGAUGAAGAAAUCAGGCCACAUCUGCCCAUCUUGAAAUGCGGGUACAUUUUCGGCAGCGUUCACAAGCUCGCAUCCUGCAUGAUGAUCCGAUGCCUUGGCGACAUGAAGGCAAUCAACUUGUUUGGCGUACGGCAAGUGACACGCAACUGUAUCGCCCUUCAGCAGGCGUUAUCGACACUGGGGGGAAUGUGUAGCCUGCAAGCGGUGGAAAAUUAUGGUGCCUCUUCGGGUAUCGGAAGGGGCAUUGCUACGUCUGAGGAGGUGCAGGGGUGGUUCGACCAUGUCCGCACAUAUUACGAGUUGCUCAAUCUGCCCGCAGAAGCCCUGUUUGCAUUCAUUGAGGAGCAUCCAGAUCUGUACUCCGUCGCCGAGUAUUCAACCUUGCUGUCCGUCCAGGUUCCUGGAAGAGAUGUGCCAGACGAUGCUCUCAUGGGAGUUGCACAACUCUGCUCCCCUCACUCUUGAGGGCCUGUGGAGUGAAGAUACUAUAGGUGGUCAGUAUUUUAUGCCUGUGUGCACUUUUCUGAGGGGAGAAGAGUGUUACAGGGAUCGGGGGGGAAUGGCCACAAGGAAUUGUGGGGUAAGGGGGUUGAGGAAAGGAGGAGGGGGGGGGGGGGGGGGGGGGGGGGGGGUGUUGAGACCAAGGUUAGUUUGGAGGGCCGGGUGGGUGGCUGGGUGUCUAAAGCUGCAUUGCACGGCACAUAUUGAAGUAGAUGGGUAGGUUAGGGGGCAUGGAGGGGAUGGAGGGGAAGAUGAUAGUAAUGUGGUAUGAGGGGCGAGGAGGAAAGCGACUGCGUGUCGAAUAUCGAGUGAGGCACAAAGGUAGAGGUGGAGGUGGUGGUGGUCCAAGUUUCAGAGCGGCAUGUGGCUGGGUGUCUAGAGCUGCGGUGCACGGCACAUACUGAAGUAGGUAGCUCGGUAGGUAGGUUAGUAGGCAUGGAAUAGGUGGAGGGGAUGGCGAUAGAGAUGUGUGGUGUCACUGGUAUGAGGGGCGAAGUGGAAAGUGACUGCGUCACUGCGUGCACUGCGUGGCGAAUAUCAAGUGAAGCACAAAGGUAGAGGCGGAGGAGCAAGGGAGAAGAGAGGAGGACAGAUGGGUCGAUGGAUGGAACUAAGGCGUACUUGAAGAGGAGGACAGGUGGGUGGAUGAAUGAGACUGACGCCUACUUGCACGUUGAACGCACAGCAUGGUAGAAGAGAGAACACUCGGCGGAUGGAGAAGAGAGGAGGACCGAUGGGUGGAUGGAUGGAAACUUGGAAAGCGAGGGAUUGGUGAAUAUCGAUUGACGCACAAAGGUAGAGGUGGAGGACCAAUGGAGAAGAGAGGAGGACAGAUGGGUGGAUGGAUUCGAGUGAUGAUAAAGGUAGAGGCGGAGAAGCGAUGGAGAAGAGAGGUGGACAGAUGGGUGGAUGGAUGGGACUCAGGCCUACGUGGAGGUAGAGCGCACAGCAUGGAAGAAAAGAGAACAGUUGAAGGCUACAACGUUUAUGGAUGGGGCGAGGUCUGAGAAAAGCGUACGAAAGACAGGUGCGCAAACAUUUGUGCGGGUGAUGCAUGGACGUAUGAUGGGUAGAUAUGCUGGAUGGAUGCGCCGGUGGGUGUUCAAUUUGCAGUGAUGUGUUUCUUUGGAGUAUUGUCCUCAUUCCUUGGAUCGAUGUUACAUGAUUGAAAGGGAGAAAAAUUUAAAGGUAGGUGGGUGUGUCUGAUUGGUGGUUCGAUGUACAUGGGUCAAGAAUUUGCGUGAAAUUCCAUGCAUCCCCGAGGACGGGAUCUGUGCUAUUCCUUGCUAUAUAUGUGGAAGAGAGAGAAGCUUAGAUCAGCCAUGAAGAGGUGGGAAGAGAGAUUUCAAGAGAGAUUUUUCUCGCAUGGACUGUGGGAGAGCUGGGGGGAGAAGGAGGAGGGGGGGAAGGAGGGGGGGUUCAUUCCUUGCGAUGAUUCUAUUACCAGUUGUUGUUCUGUUUAAUGGCGCAAGCAGGGUCUAUCGGGACUCAUUCUUUUACGCUUUUUAGUAAUUUUUUACUGAUUUUUGUAGUCAUUCUGUCUUUAUUUCUUUUUGUGCGGACUUCUGAUAAAUUAUGGAAAAUCAG